AUUAUUUGACGAUCGUAGUUGAUCAAAACUAAUAACCGAGUCCGGAGGCUCGCUCGAGAAUUACGUUGCCUCACAGCAAAUUGGUGCUAAGAAUCUCUCGCCCAUCUCACCUCUCCUCGGAAUCCAUCUCCUUCUUCGUCUCCCUAGUGAUGCGGCUUUUCAUCUAGGGUUUGAUGCCGCCCUCGCCCUUGAUGUGCUUUGGAUGGACGAGCCCUUCCCCUUGCCUCCCCGCUCCCUGCUGAUCGCCGCCGGAGCGACCGCCCUGUGCUGCAUCUGGGCCCUUUGGGUCCGACGAUCGACCGACGGAGGGGUCCUCCGGAGGCCCCGGAGGAAGAGGCGUUGCAGUUGCGCUUGCGUCUGCGGCGGCGCCGGCACUGGCGGUGGUGCGGAUCGCGAUUCCUUCGCCGGCGACGGGGGCACGGCGGUGGGGCAUAAGAAGGCUACCGUGGCGGAGUGGCAGGCCGGGGGGUCUAUGAUGGAGCAGUUGGUGCCGGAGAUUACCACUCAUGCUCUCAGCUACCUCGAUUACACCAGUCUUUGCCGCCUUUCGAUGACCAACUCUGCGAUGAGGAGGGCUGCAAAUGACGAUGGCGCCUGGAAAGCCCUCUACCACAAGGACUUCACAGUGGAACAGGACACUGUUAAUCCAAGCAAUGGAUGGAAGGCUUACUAUGCAGCCACAAAAGCCAUUAUCAAUAUUAAUGCAGAAUUCUAUAAUAUAAUCAGAGAGAGGUCACUUCCAGCAAUGAGUCGUUUAUGGCUUAACGCUGACUAUGUGAAAUGUAUGCAUGGAUCCGGGGAGCUAUUCACAGGGUACGGUGCGGUAAUUGACAGCUGGGCAUUGGCAUUGAACUGGGGCCAAGGCGGUGGUCAAGAGAUUGAUCUCCAGAUACGGGAUGUGCGAGCUCGUAUUCUGGAUGGCAUGGCUUGGGUCACCAUGACCACGUAUAUUGGUGUGGACUUGGAGGCAUAUUACGUAACGAAUAUCUAUGAGUUCCAUGAUGGGCGAUGGUACAUGGUUCACCACCAGAGCUCGAUGAUGUUAGGUUGAAGAAGCCGAGAAAAGGGUGAUUGUCGAUAUGAUGUUCUCUAUGCAUGCGUUUCAUUUACAAUAGACAUUAAAAAAAAAAAAGAAGGAACUCCCGAAUCGAUCAGUUCUGGUGUGGAUAGUUCAGUACAGAUGCCGGAAAAGAUGAACGGUACAUUCAUCUGUGCUGUUGGUGUCUACUUA